UUGACUGGAUGUAUCUUUGUACACGCUUCCCUGGACCUGUUUUGCACUUGCCCUCCCGUGACAACAAGUGCGCUUCUGGGGAUAUUUGUUGCGUAUUGGUGCGCACUACUUCACUACUACCACCAAAGCAUGGAGGCAUGGGAUACAAAAACUACGUGGCAAUUAGACUCCAACAUCAUGGAAAUAUUAAUAUAGGCUAAGUGAUGUCUUAUAAUUGUAAAUAUAGCCUAGACAACUCGAGUCGUUCAUAGCAGUGCACCGUGAACUCUCACCCGAUCAGCAUCAGAGGAACUCCGGGCUGAAAGUGAAAGACGUCCAGUCAUUCAUUCAUUUAUUCAUCCUUUUUAUUCAUUAAUUGAUCGCUGGAGGAGCAGUGCGUCCAUUAUUCACUAGAUUCAGACAUCACAAGGAAUGUUUGUACUCCAGAAAAAAGGGCUGUUAGACGUACUCUCCCUGCCACUCCUGGUGGCCGUAGUGUGCUGUGUAGCCCAGAGCGUCAAUGAACCAGGAAACAUGUCGUUCGUCAAGGAGACCGUGGAUAAACUGUUGAAAGGAUACGAUAUUCGCCUUCGCCCGGACUUCGGAGGUGCGCCGGUGGCGGUGGGGAUGAGCAUAGAUGUAGCCAGUAUAGACAUGGUGUCCGAAGUCAACAUGGACUACACCCUCACCAUGUACUUCCAGCAGUACUGGAGGGACAAGAGACUGGCCUACUCAGGGAUCCCCCUCAACCUGACGCUGGACAACCGCGUGGCGGACCAGCUCUGGGUACCCGACACCUACUUCCUGAACGACAAGAAGUCCUUCGUGCACGGGGUCACGGUGAAGAACCGCAUGAUCCGGCUUCACCCCGACGGAACCGUCCUGUAUGGUCUAAGAAUCACGACCACGGCGGCGUGUAUGAUGGACCUGCGACGCUACCCCCUAGACGAGCAGAACUGCACGUUGGAGAUAGAGAGCUACGGCUACACCACGGACGACAUCGAGUUCUACUGGAAGGGAGGAGACACGGCGGUAACCGGGGUGACCCGAAUAGAGCUCCCCCAGUUCUCCAUCGUGGACUACAAGCUGGUGUCCAGGAACGUGGUGUUCUCCACAGGUGCCUACCCACGCCUCUCCCUGAGCUUUAAGCUGAAGAGGAACAUCGGCUACUUCAUCCUGCAAACCUACAUGCCCUCCAUCCUGAUCACCAUCCUGUCCUGGGUCUCCUUCUGGAUCAACUAUGACGCCUCGGCCGCCAGAGUGGCGUUAGGCAUCACCACGGUGCUCACCAUGACCACCAUCAACACCCACCUGAGGGAGACCCUGCCCAAGAUCCCCUACGUCAAGGCCAUCGACAUGUACCUCAUGGGUUGCUUCGUCUUCGUCUUCCUCGCCCUGCUGGAGUACGCCUUCGUCAACUACAUCUUCUUUGGCCGCGGGCCCCAGAUGCAGAAGAAGAUGGCUGAGAAGGCCCAGAAGGCCAACAACGACCGGGAGAAGUUUGACGUGCCCAGGGUGGACUCCCAGGGCAACAUCCUGCUCAGUACCCUGGAGGUUCACAACGAGGUGGCCGGCAACCAGCUGACCACCAGUGUGCGCGAGGGCCGCAACUCCUCCUGCGGGGGCCUGGACCACCCGGUGAUCCAGCACCGCAAGCCCAGCGCCCCGCUGGGCUCCAGCCGCCACAGCCUGGACCGCAACCAGAUCUCUAAUCCCCGGAAGUCCCGCCUCCGCCGGCGGUCGUCACAGCUCAAGAUCAAGAUCCCCGACCUCACGGACGUCAACUCCAUCGACCGGUGGUCGCGGAUCAUCUUCCCGUUCGCCUUCUCGCUGUUCAACCUCAUCUACUGGCUGUAUUACGUCAACUAGCACACGCCGUCUCGUCUGCGCCGCUGUGGACCUGAAUCUCCCGGCUGCGUAAGGUCCACCAAGCGCCCCGCUGUGUCGUUUGUCUCGUCGGCCGUCUUCUGAAGACGAGCCAGGAACUUGUUUGUUUGUUUUGUCGGAACUGAAGAACGUAAACGUUGGUUGAAAUCCAAUCCGAUUCCUUUUCUUUUGCUUCAAAGAGUGAAGACUUUAACAAGGAAACGCGUACUUGAUUGCAACUUCCGAGCACAAAGUUGCGAUUCAGAAUCUAAAUAUGAAGAAAAUGGGUCAGUCUACGGAAAAUAUGUAUUUUUCUGAGACUUCCAUGACAACUACUGUCCUCUUCCUGGAGCUGGUUGGUAUGUUGGGACAGGACAAACCCAGCCAUCUUCCCAAGAUCUGCAGCGUUGUGAAUGGAAACGGUUAUUAACAGUGCUUUAUGCCAAGUAUCACAACUGUAGCCAUGCUGUCAGUACAUCAUACAGUGUGUACUGACUGUAUAACAAGUUCUAACUUCUGUCAACGAAACACUGAAACAAUGAAACAAGCAAGAUUUCUAGAUUUCAUGCAUCAUGCUGUGACACUCGUUCACGUCUAUAUCACGGAAGCCAUUAUAUGCAUCCAGAUGAAGCCCCUUCUAUGUGUGUUCAUACACGUUUUUAACGAGAACAGAUUCGGUAUGCCUUGAGGUUGACAAUGCAGAAUAUAUUAAAUAUGAAAAAUGUUAUUGAUAAGAUAUUGAUAAAUAUAAUAUCCAGUAUUUGGGGUUUUAUUGAUACAGACGUACGAUGACAGAACACAUACCAGCAUAAAGGAAAGUUAAAGUUAUUUAUCUAACAGGCAGAGACAUCACUUUCGGUAAACCGGAAGAGAGAAUUUAUCUUUAAAUAUUUCAACAUGAAUAACCGUUAGGACAUGAUGAAUGCUGUUUUUUCUUUUGAUCUACAGAAUUAAAUCUUUAUAUUCCGGACACCUAGAAUAACGUUUGCAUAGUUUGAAUAUUUUAUAAAUGAUACAGAACAUAUUUGAUAUUUGCAUAUAUCUUCUUGUUAUGAUAUUUCAGGACUGUUAUGCACACACACACACACACACACACACACACACACACACACACACACACACACACACACACACACACACACACACACACACACACACACACACACACACACACACAUAUAAUAUAUGUAUGUAUAUAUAUGUAUAUGUAUAUAUAUAUAUGUAUAUAAUUGAAAUGCAAAACCUUUAUUACAACUGGACGAAACAACUUUGUAUUUCUCCUGGACGGUUUACACUGCAGGCUUCGAUCUGGAUUUAAACUGUCAGGUGACUUAUGACGUACAUAUCUUGUCGCCAACAACUUUGUACGAGUUCUCGUACUUUGUCAGGUUGUACUCGAAGAGCUUCACAUUGGUAUUCUGUCUGGUAUGUUUUGCUAGGUGGUCCUGUUCGUUUGCAUGUUGGUUUUCGUUAGAUAUGUUGCACAAACCAUAUUUUGCUCAUCCUCCUUCCCCAAGUCUGUUGUAAAUAUAAUAUGCCAUAUCACAAGGUGUCGACCUUCUCAUUCUUUUUUUGACAUGUUUUAUGAUGCUAAGAGUUCAAUCAAUCCCAGAAUAUUUUUUCUUAUUCAGACGCAGAAUAAAGGGAACACGAAGGAAACGAAAAAAUGUAACACACGAUGGAUGAGAUGGAAAGGAGAAGAAAGAAGAGAAGGAAUUGUUUUGUUAUUACUUUUAACAAUCCCAAAACAAACAAAAAGUCUAAUCAAGUUUAUAAAAAAAAAAGAAUACGGAGAGGAAAAAGUGAAAGAUGCGAUA